AUGGCUCAUCAACCAAUAGUCCAUUAUUCAGUUGACCCUUCCACCAACCCCAGUUCAUGGCCACCGCCAGCUCCAGGCUUUGGCACCAUCAUCAACAGAGUCGAUGUCAUCUUUAUCAACAUCAACGGUGACUCCAACUUCACCAUCCUCCGAACAGGCACCAACGAACAUGUUCACCAUGCGGUGACACAGGUGACCAAGCACAUAGCUCGUGGCCUUUAUCGAAUUAUCAGCAUGAAUGUCAGCGAAUACUCGUGUUUGGUAGUCAUGUCUACUGAGAAGUCGAAAGAUGAGUUGUUAUUCAGGAAUGGCUUCCCUUGGGACAGGCCAAACGAUCCUCAGCCAGAUGUUGUUCUGAGUUAG